CUAACACUGUUGGAGAAUGCAAAUUAGUUGGGAAACUCUGGUCAUUUCAACACGAGAAUGUUUCAGAAUCCUUGUCCAGUAUCACCAAAAAUAGCAACCCCCUUAAACUAGGCUUUGACUGUCUCAAUCAACAGAGUAUGAAACCCAUAAAUAUACAACAUGAAGUUGGAUAUAUUUUAAAG